AUGGUCAUGAGCCGGCAAGGGCUGACGCUCGCAGCCCUCGGGCUCUGCAUGACGAGCGUACUUGCUCAGCCCAAGCCGACGUGGUACUACGACAGCUUGCCAGAUAAGUCAGAAUCUGGCGAGGCUGGGACGAACAGAUGCUCUGGCGCGAACAACGCAGGAGCCGACUGCCAGACGCUCAUCGUCAACGAUCUGUCGGAUUUCUGCCUAUGGGGACCACCAGCGUCCAGUACGAUCGGCGACGACGAACGGGAGGUCGUUGCUUACUGUCUCAAAGAUCAUGGCGCUCGAACUCUGCCCGCCUCGGCGAUAUCAGGCGCACACUUUGUCCAGACGCCCGACUACAUCCAGAUUACAGGCGUAGGCGACCUGACGCAGAUCAACAUCCAAGCGAAUGAUGGCGGCGGCGAGCUUGAUCCACAUGGAGCUGAUGGCAAUGGCAACCCUAUCGGAGGUCUCGUCUUCACCAAUGCCUUCUCUGCUAACAAGUCAGAGACGCAAGCGCACGAGUGGACGAUGUUUGUCUCGUCGAACCAAUUCUGCGUGCGGGUGUGCAAAGAAGGCGGCUAUGGAACGAGCUACUGUCAGCAUGUGUACGAUGUCAUGGGCUGCGAUUGGAACAUGCCCGCCAAUUACGACGCAGGCGUACUGGAGAGCUGCGUAGGUGAUAGCGACAUACCCAUGGGGAUCUAUAACAAUGGCUCGUCCACCUUUUCGCAAGGGCAAGCAUACACUCCUCCGGCUCAGCCAGCUGCGCCCUCUUCGAAAUGUGUGACUGUGCAAGCACUCGCACAAGCAACGCCGAUCUCGACCGUCUUGCCUCCCAGCACAUCUGCCAGCACGUCUGCAACAGUGACUGCAAGGAACACGACGACUAUAAUGUCUACUACAAGCUUGAGCUCUGUAAGCAGCACGUCGAGUCUGCCAUCGAGCACAAGCCUGCCGAUGAUCGCUGUCACGACCACGACCGUCACCAGCACGCCGCCGCCGCUAGCAACUUCUACAACCAGUCUGACUCGAGCCACGCCUGCUUCCGCACUAGAAGGCGCCGCUUACAGUCAGAGCGGCAGUCUAGCAUUGGCGAUCGCAUCGAUUGGACUUGUCGCACUGAUAUCUUAG